AUGUCAUCGCAUACCGCAUCCCAGCGCUACUUGAGCACAAGAGGAGGCUCUUACGACCUGUCAUUCGAAGACGUCGUACUCAAAGGUCUCGCCGCAGACGGUGGUCUGUUUAUCCCUGAAGAAAUUCCCGCUCUGCCUUCAGACUGGCAAUCAAAAUGGCGCAACCUUUCGUUCCAAGAGCUCGCUUUCGAGAUCUUCAGCCUUUACAUCUCUGAUAGUGAGAUCCCCUCCGCCGACCUCAAAGAUAUCAUCCACCGCAGUUACGCGACAUUCCGCGCCAAAGAUGUCACACCCGUCGUGACUCUUGACAAGAGCAAGAACCUACACUUGAUGGAGUUGUUCCAUGGACCUACAUUUGCUUUCAAGGACGUUGCUUUGCAAUUCGUUGGUAACUUGUUCGAGUACUUCCUUGUGCGCAUGAACAAGGGCAAGGAGGGCACCGACAGACAACAUUUGACCGUGGUCGGUGCUACCAGUGGAGACACUGGAUCUGCUGCCAUCUACGGUCUGCGCGGCAAGAAGGAUGUAUCAGUCUUCAUCAUGCACCCUAAGGGCAAGGUCAGCCCUGUUCAGGAGGCUCAGAUGACCACAGUCCUUGAUGCUAAUGUUCACAACUUGGCUGUUGACGGCACUUUCGACGACUGCCAGGACUUCGUCAAGGCUCUCUUCGGUGACGCCGACAUGAACAGCACCCACCGCCUCGCCGCUGUCAACUCGAUCAACUGGGCCCGUAUCCUCGCUCAAAUUACCUACUACUUCCAAUCAUACUUCACCCUUGCCCGCUCUCUCGAUACCGCCAACCCUACCGUCCGCUUUGUCGUCCCUACCGGCAACUUCGGUGAUAUUCUUGCUGGAUACUUCGCUAAGCGCAUGGGUCUGCCUGCCGACAAGCUCAUCAUUGCUACAAAUGAGAACGACAUCUUGCACCGUUUCUGGCGCAGUGGUCACUACGAGAAGAAGCCUGUUCACGGUCGCGAGGCUGAAGGUGGCUUCGAGCACGACGGAGCAAAGGCGCACUCAGACGGAGUUAAGGAGACACUGGCACCUGCCAUGGAUAUCUUGGUCAGCAGCAACUUCGAGCGCCUGCUGUGGUACCUGUCAUAUCGCGUCAACAGUAGCGACGACGUCACCGAACGUCGCAAGGCUGCUGGUGCCCAAGUCAAUACUUGGCUGCAGGCACUUAAGACCGAUGGCGGUUUCGGAGUCGAGAAGGCCAUCCUCGAUGCCGCACACGAGGACUUCGAGUCCGAGCGUGUCUCUGACAAGCAGACCAUCGACCAGAUCACCGAGACCUAUGCUUCAGGUAACGGCAUGACACCCGUCGGUGAGAACAGCGGUGCCUACGCUACGCAAGGUACUGUUCACCAGGGCAAGUACAUCCUUGACCCUCACAGUGCCAUUGGUAUCGCUGCUUCUCUGCGCUCUAUCCAGCGCGCACCCAACGCUCACCACAUCGCUCUUGCGACUGCUCACCCCGCCAAGUUCUCAUCUGCAGUUGAGCAAGCGCUCAACGACCAAGAAGGCUUCAGCUUUGCGGCUGUUCAACCCGAGCAGUUCGUCGGCCUCGAGCAACAGCCUCGUCGUGUUACCAUCGUCAAGAACGGUGCUGGCUGGCAAGACGUCAGAGAGAUUGUCCGCGAGGAGGUGCAGCUCGAGAUGGAGGGUAAGGCCAGCAGCGGUCCCGGCGAGAUUAUCAAGGGUUAG